GUUAAGUUCUAAAUGCUCUGAAAUAGAGUAUAAAAACGAAUAAUUCUCUGUGAAAAACACCAUGUAUUUACGGCUUUCUACAGAGCACUUAAAUGCAACACAAAACCGCCCCUUUUCCGUUUCCCUUCCUCUGAUUGGCCAAGCCGCACAUCCGUCACAGGAUCGCGAACAGUCGAACUGAGGGAAACAGGUUGAAAAGGGCAGGAGCCUCUUAUAUUCAAAUACUAUCGGUUGCAGAUUGUAACCAGAAAAACACGCAAACUGGUGAGUAUUACUGCGGUUUGUUUUGUAAAUAGUCGUUAUUCUAUUUUUGUACUAUGAGCGACUUGCUUUCUGAUGCAUGACAAAUCAAUGCGCGCACUCAAGAGCUUUGCGCGACAGGAUUAUUCCCCGCGAGCUAUCGCGUUAGUACUUGCGUGUUACUGUUAGCUAACGUUAUCUCAUGGUGUUAAAACCCAACAUGUGAUAUUAGCUGACGUUACUUUAUCAAAAAAAGUAGUCUGCGUCUAUAUCACGCACACGCGGUCGUUGUGGAAUGGCCCUUAGCAACGUUCACCGGUCAAACCCGAGGUUAUUCAGCUAGCUUAGCAACACGAGGAAGCUAAUGUGGUGACUGUUGAUAGUAGGAAGGAACGAUGUGUUCAAAUCACGAGUGAGCUCAUUAAAAGUCCCUGACCCCCUGAAAGAAACCUCCCACUUAGACUUAUUUAAUAUAGUAUAGUAACUCUAUUAAGGCUAAUUUAAGAAUUGCCCGUCCAGUUAUAGCGUAUAUUGUGGUCGCGGUUGGUUGCAUGGCAUCUGCCUUUUGUUUGUUCCACUAACCCUCUUGUCGUUAAGUGUAUAAGACCGAACUAAAACCUCUGGCCUUCAAGUAGCCUGUAUAUUAACAUCUUAUGCAAUGAUUAGAACGUUUUUAAAAAUUGAGACCUUUGUAAUUAACAGUAGCAUGCAAGCAAGCAAGUAACGUUUGUGGACAAAUUUCAAAAAUCAAUAAAGUAGAUUUGGAACUUCAGUCAGAGCCGUGUUGAAGCAAUUCAACGAAAGAAGCUAGAGGCCAAGGCAACACGGCGCGCUCGUUCCUUCGGCCUCCUCACUGGCUGCUCGCAGCUCCACGCAGACCGCGGGGACGCGCAAUGAGCGGCAGCGUGCGCGUAGGUAGGUGGGUGAGUAAGAAGGUCACUUAGGUAGGAAGGGUGGAUUGCCUCAAUAGUCGUAGGAGAACAAGCCUUAAGUAUUAUUUUGAUAAUUAGCAUGACAUUAAUCAAUGUCUUGAUUCAAAAUGAGGAGAUCCAGCUGCAGCACCUUGCUGUCACUCAAUCCAGGUGGAGGAUUCCGCCUUGCUGUGAACAGGAAGUUCAUGAAGAAAGUCACAUCAAUCACAUGUAUUUUACUCUCCGUGCCUCAGUUUGUGCUUGUUUGUAACUCCAUCACAGCCAAAGAUCCCAAGAUGAGGUGUGAGAAUACAGAGGAAGAGCUCAGCGCAGCGUGGGUGCCCAAGGAUCCACUGCCUGAGUGCGGGGAGAUCAGCAUCCAGCACCCUGUCGCCAUGAACCACACCAAGGGCGGCAUGGUCCUCUUCACCGGCAACUCGCACCCCUCCAGUCGCGAGAUGGGAAAGAGGAUCUCCGAGCGGUUAGGGGUGGAGCUUGGCAAGGUGCAGGUGUACCAGGAGACUAACAGAGAAACGCGGGUGCAGGUCCAGGAGUCGGUGCGGGGCAAAGACGUCUUUGUGAUCCAAACGGUGUCCAAGGACGUGAACACCACCAUCAUGGAGAUGCUGAUCCUGGUAUACGCCUGCAGGACAUCCUGCGCCAGGAGCAUCACAGGCGUCCUCCCCUACUUCCCCUACAGCAAGCAGUGCAAGAUGAGGAAGAGGGGCUCCAUCGUGUCCAAACUCAUCGCCUCCAUGAUGUGUAAAGCUGGUCUCACCCACCUGAUCACCAUGGACCUCCAUCAGAAAGAGAUCCAAGGCUUCUUCAACAUUCCAGUGGACAAUCUGAGAGCUUCCCCCUUCCUGCUGCAGUACAUACAGGAAGAGAUCCCCGACUAUAGAAAUGCUGUCAUUGUGGCCAAAUCCCCAGCCUCUGCCAAAAGGGCUCAGUCGUUUGCAGAGCGGCUGCGUCUGGGCCUCGCGGUGAUCCACGGCGAGGCCCAGGACGCCGAGUCGGACCAGGUGGACGGGCGUCACUCGCCGCCCACCGUCAAGACCACCGGAGCCAUUCACCCCAGCAUGGAGAUCCCACUGUUGAUCCCCAAAGAGAAGCCUCCCAUCACCGUGGUAGGAGAUGUCGGAGGACGCAUCGCCAUCAUAGUGGACGACAUCAUCGACGACGUUGACAGUUUCGUGGCGGCAGCGGAGACGCUGAAGGAAAGGGGCGCCUACAAGAUCUUCGUCAUGGCAACGCACGGCAUCCUCUCCUUGGACGCCCCCAGGUUCAUAGAAGAGUCGGCCAUCGACGAGGUGGUGGUGACCAACACGAUUCCUCACGAGCUCCAGAAGCUCCAGUGUCCGAAGAUCAAAACCGUGGACAUCAGCAUGAUCCUGUCAGAGGCCAUCCGCCGCAUCCACAACGGAGAAUCCAUGUCCUACCUGUUCCGCAACAUCGGAAUGGACGACUGAGCGCCCAGCAUGCACGAACACACACACACACACACACACACACACACACACACACACACACACACACACACUCGCACACUAUUUGCCUUGUUAGGUUUCUUCAAAAACAGAGGUGAAUGUCAAACACAGAAAUCGUUACACAUGCAUAAUACUAAUAAAUCCAUGACCUGCUUGUAUGAUGAACAUAAACACAAAGCCAGAGUGCAGCUUAAAGGGUUAGUUUGGAUUUUAACUUUUAAUGCGAGGCUGCAUGUGGUGCUCAUAUGGUCCGUGCACCGCAGUAGAUGGCUGUCGGUGGACGUGAGUAGGAAAGCGAUGCACUGCUGUGAGCGGGGGCAGCCUUUAAGUAAAUGCUACCAUUCUAAAAAAUAUGCUUGAAUACAAGCUGUUAGUUUACACUAUUCAGAUUACAUUUACCGCCAAAUGGCCCUUUCUGACCAAACUGCAGCCGCCAACGACGCUGACUUCAAAUCCACGGCAAUCCUUAUGACAAAACCGAUUAAGAGGUGUGGGAUCAUGUGAACAGAGGGUAGAUGACGAAGGGGAGUUAAGAGGUGAGACUAUGGUACCCAUCAACUGACAGAUUCUUUGGCUGUUGCCCCCGGCUGCAGCAGAACAUUGCUUUCAUUCUGUAGUGGGACCACUGUGUGUUUCUCCAAACCGACCGACGUGUCUCAUAAAAGCCCACUUCAAAAAAAUACCUGGACCCUCCUUCCACAUAUAAGAUGACUGAAAGCAGGUAAACUGAUCUUUGCCCUCACUGCCAGUCUCUCCCUCUGCUGCCCUCAUGACAAAACACACACCUCCGUUUUUAUCUUUUUACGAUUAUCGCUACACAUUUUCCUACAAAUUAAUGUUCAUCAUAACGUGGCAUUUGUUAGCAUGGAAGCCCCCCCCCCACCCCCCCGAUCCUGGCAGUAAAUUGUCCUUCUAUCCGGAUUAGAAACAGUGCCUUCUACCUGACGCGCUCCAAACACACAGGCCUUCACUUCUCAGACACACCAGUCAGCUGACUAGCUAACAGAUAUAAACCCAUUGUGUUGAAUGUGCAGGUUCUGGGCUAAUUAACCUGUGCAGGUAAUCAGAGGGCACAAUUAACCCCUUGCUGUUCAUCAUGUGGUGGUCCAGAAUGUGCUACUAAUGUAGUUAUGUAGACUGCUUCUAGCUGGCUGUGGUUGCCAUAGCACUGAGAUGCUAAUCUGGUGUCAAAUCUACUCAUUGCUAAAAAUUGAACUGGACUAUCCACAGGAAAUUAUGACUAGUCAAUCAGGCAUUCCAGACCUUGUAUUUUUAUUUUUUUAUUUUAACGGCGUUACUCAGUCAUCCGUAUAACAUUGUGUGCCAUGAUUUUACAUUUGUUCAUGUCACAAAUUAGCGGUUGCCUCUCCAGCCGGACGGAUCUGGGCAGUUUGACACUCCAGUUAAGAGCUGAAGGUACUUCUUAGUUAUGAGUUAAGAUUAUACCGGAGGAGACUGAAGUUUGCUCAAACACACCUGCAGUUAAAGUUUGAAGAGAAAUCCUUUUUUCUUCUGACAAGCUGAAUUUGACUGAAGCAGGUCUUUGUCACUUUACGAGAAAUGUUUUGUAUUUAUUUUCAACACUUAUGAAUAAAUAAUGAACUAUGAAA